GACGUCUUUAAAUAUCAAUGUGUCAUCCCUCUCCUUCUUGCGUUUGCCCACUCUCUGUCCAUCCUCCCUCCCCCGCGCCCUUCCAAAUAAACGAAAACCGAUUUCGCGUCCUGCCGACUUCUCGAUCCCAGUUCCUGAUUUCUUCGUCGAUUUCGCUUUCUCCUCUCUCGCGGUCCUUCCGCCAAAAUCGAGAACAAAGUCAGGAUCCCGGGAACUCUCGCUGUGAUUGCGUAUUCCACUGUCUUGGAUCCUCCUGUUAGCGGGUGUCGUCAUGUACGUAACCGGCUCUGCUGGACUCAUUCGAGCGUCUAGGGUGCCGUCCCUCGGCGGCUUCACUAGAGCUCUUAUCUCUCCCACGUCGUCGACGUCUUCAUUGUCUUCGUCGUCAUCGCGGUUGCUUAGCUAUUCCGCCUCGCGGAGCGGGCUAUUUAACUCGAUCAGAGCGGCGUCGCCGAUUAGUGGGGGCUGGAUACGGGGGUUUUCUCGGUACGGUCUCGAUUGGAGGUCGCCGGUGAGUCUUCGCGCGCAGAUCAGGAGCUCGACGGCCGUGAUCGAGCGGUUCGAGAGAAAGAUGGCCACCAUGGCUUCCGAGAAUGCGUUCAAGGGAAUUCUGACCAGUCUGCCGAAGCCCGGAGGCGGUGAAUUCGGGAAAUUCUACAGUUUGCCAGCUCUCAAUGAUCCCAGGAUUGAUAGGCUCCCAUACUCGAUCAGGAUUCUCCUUGAGUCUGCAAUCCGUAAUUGUGAUGAAUUUCAGGUGAAAAAAGCCGAUGUCGAGAAGAUCAUUGAUUGGGAGAAUACUUCGCCGAAGCAGGUCGAGAUCCCAUUUAAGCCUGCUCGUGUCCUGUUGCAGGAUUUCACUGGUGUACCAGCUGUGGUUGACCUUGCUUGUAUGCGAGACGCCAUGAACAAGCUUGGAAGUGACUCCGACAAGAUCAAUCCUUUGGUGCCAGUGGACCUUGUCAUUGAUCACUCUGUCCAGGUUGACUUGGCCAGAUCAGAAAAUGCCGUGAAGGCAAAUAUGGAACUUGAGUUCCAGAGAAACAAAGAAAGGUUUGGUUUUCUUAAAUGGGGAUCAAAUGCUUUCCGUAACAUGCUUGUUGUUCCUCCUGGUUCUGGUAUUGUUCACCAGGUCAACUUGGAAUACUUGGGAAGAGUUGUAUUCAAUAACAACGGUAUUCUUUACCCUGAUAGUGUUGUCGGUACUGAUUCCCACACAACUAUGAUUGAUGGACUGGGUGUUGCUGGCUGGGGAGUUGGUGGAAUCGAAGCAGAGGCUGCCAUGCUUGGACAGCCAAUGAGUAUGGUUUUGCCUGGUGUGGUUGGGUUCAAAUUGUCUGGGAAAUUGCACAAUGGUGUAACAGCUACUGAUUUGGUUUUAACUGUCACACAAAUGUUGCGGAAGCAUGGUGUUGUUGGGAAGUUUGUAGAGUUCUAUGGUGAGGGCAUGGGGGGACUGUCAUUAGCUGAUCGUGCCACUAUAGCUAAUAUGUCACCUGAAUAUGGUGCAACCAUGGGCUUCUUCCCUGUAGACCAUGUCACUUUGCAAUACCUCAAAUUGACAGGAAGGAGUGAUGAAACUGUUUCAAUGAUAGAGGCCUACUUACGAGCAAACAAAAUGUUCGUAGACUACAGUGAGCCUCAGCAAGAAAGAGUAUACUCUUCUUACCUGGAAUUAGACCUUGCAGAUGUUCAACCAUGUAUUUCCGGCCCAAAGCGACCUCAUGACCGUGUGCCACUGAAGGAAAUGAAAGCAGAUUGGCAUUCUUGUUUGGAUAACAAGGUUGGCUUUAAGGGAUUUGAUAUUGCAAAGGAAGCACAAGGCAAAGUUGCAAAGUUCCAAUUUCAUGGGCAGCCUGCAGAGCUCAAGCAUGGAAGCGUUGUAAUAGCAGCUAUCACUAGCUGCACAAACACCUCUAACCCAAGUGUUAUGUUAGGUGCUGCACUUGUUGCGAAGAAAGCUUGUGAAUUAGGUCUCGAGGUUAAGCCAUGGGUCAAGACAAGUCUUGCGCCAGGUUCUGGGGUUGUAACCAAAUAUUUGGAAAAGAGUGGCCUGCAAAAGUACCUGAACCAGCAGGGGUUCCAUAUUGUUGGGUACGGUUGCACAACGUGUAUUGGUAAUUCUGGGGAUCUGGAUGAAUCGGUAGCAGCAGCUAUUUCAGAUAAUGACAUUGUUGCUGCUGCUGUACUUUCUGGAAACAGGAAUUUUGAGGGACGUGUUCAUCCUUUGACUCGUGCAAAUUACCUUGCUUCCCCUCCACUUGUUGUUGCAUAUGCCCUGGCUGGCACAGUUGACAUUGAUUUUGAAAAAGAACCAAUUGGUACAGGGAAGGAUGGAAAGAGUGUCUUCUUUAAGGAUAUCUGGCCUUCAACUGAAGAAGUUGCAGAGGUUGUGCAAUCUUGUGUGCUACCAGACAUGUUCAAGAGUACAUAUGAAUCAAUCACAAAGGGUAACCCAAUGUGGAAUGAGCUCUCUGUUCCAACAAGUAAACUCUACUCGUGGGAUCCAAGUUCAACAUACAUUCAUGAGCCACCAUACUUCAAGAACAUGACCAUGGCACCUCCUGGACCUCAUAGUGUGAAGGAUGCCUACUGCUUAUUGAACUUUGGUGACAGCAUAACUACUGAUCACAUUUCACCAGCAGGUAGCAUCCAUAAGGACAGUCCUGCUGCAAAGUAUCUCCUUGAACGUGGAGUUGACAGAAAAGAUUUCAACUCAUAUGGUAGUCGUCGAGGAAAUGAUGAGGUGAUGGCAAGGGGAACCUUUGCUAAUAUCCGUCUUGUGAACAAGCUUUUGAAAGGAGAAGUUGGGCCCAAGACAAUCCAUAUUCCUACAGGGGAGAAACUUUAUGUGUUUGAUGCUGCCACGAGAUACAAGGCUGAUGGGCAUGACACCAUUGUCCUGGCUGGAGCUGAAUAUGGCAGUGGGAGUUCUCGGGAUUGGGCUGCCAAGGGACCUAUGUUGCUGGGUGUGAAGGCUGUUAUCGCCAAGAGCUUUGAACGAAUUCACCGCAGCAACUUGGUUGGAAUGGGUAUCGUUCCACUUUGCUUCAAGCCUGGUGAGGAUGCAGAUACCCUGGGUUUGACAGGCCAUGAACGUUACACGAUCAAUCUUCCAGAAAAAAUCAGUGAGAUAAGGCCUGGUCAGGACAUUACUGUGGUUACUGACAACGGCAAGUCUUUCACCUGCACAGUCCGCUUUGACACAGAGGUGGAGUUGGCCUAUUUCAACCACGGAGGCAUUCUUCCAUUCGUCAUCCGCAAUCUGAUUGACUCACAACAAUGAGAGGGCCAACUUAUAUUGAUCUGUCGGCUUCUGAAUUUUUACAUGCGAGAAAGCUAUUUCUUGCAUUUGAACUUGAAUUUUGGCUGGGCGGUGUUGGCAAAUGAGGUUCCUUCUCUUAAGGAGCAAACUGAAUAAGAAUUUCGGGCCCAGUCCUUUACAAGAAGAGGGAUUGAAGUAUGCAAGUGCGCACAUUGCCUACGCACUGUAAAUUAGCUUUUGUUUUUCAGUUCUUGAAACCCUGCGAUCUUUUACGGCGGAUGUGAAUAAUGCUGCAUAUUGCAAAUUUUGUGAAAUAAGUUAUGGUUUCUUCCCGAACAAA